AGCUGUCACAUCAAAUUCUUUUCCUACACGAUACUUCUAUUCAUUGCUCGUCGUCGUGUACGGAGUUAAUGUCUGCAUUUGGAAUUCCAUGUUUUUAGAGGAUACGGAUUGAUUGCUGUAUUUUUGAAACGUCUGUGGUGCUGAGACAAUGGCUGGCCCUGAUGCAAUGAUACGGUAUUCGGUGCUGUCUUUGACUCUUCUGAUUCAAAUUGCGCGAGGACAAGUCAGUUAUUCCAUUCCAGAAGAAUUGAUAAAAGGAUCGAUGGUGGGAAAUAUUGCGCAGGAUUUGGGCUUGGAUUUGCAACGAUUAAAGUCAGGAAAAGCGCGAAUAUUUACCAGAGACAGCACGCAAUACAUCGAACUGAACAGAAACACUGGAUUGCUGCUUAUCAGAGAGAAAAUGGAUCGCGAAUCUCUUUGUGCAAAAACAACUCCGUGUGCAUUGCAUCUUCAAAUGAUUUUGGAAAACCCGAUGGAAUUAUACACGAUUACAAUAGAAAUCACGGAUAUAAAUGAUAACGCUCCCAGUUUCCAGAAAAAGGACUUCAGAUUUGAGAUCAGCGAAUCGGCGGUGGCGGGUGCUGGUUUUAUGCUCGGGAGAGCUUUCGAUCCAGAUGUAGGAUCAAAUGCUCUACAGAGCUACUCGCUAAAACCGAGUGAACAAUUCCGGCUUGGAUUGCACAAUCAGGCAGACGGUAGUAAAAACGUCGAGAUGAUUUUACAAAGACCACUUGAUAGAGAAACGCAAAGCUCAUUUACUUUGUUGUUAGAAGCAUUUGAUGGAGGCGAUCCGGUGCUUUCUGGCACUGUACAGAUACACAUCACUGUGUUAGAUAUUAAUGAUAAUGCUCCUGUUUUUAUGCAAAAAGUAUAUAAAACCACCAUAACAGAAAACGCACCAAAAGGUACUGUACUAACAGUCGUGAGCGCGUCUGAUGCAGACGAAGGAUCCAACAGUGUAGUGACGUACUACAUAUCUGACACAAUGGACAGUAAUGUGGCCGACGUGUUUCUUGUUAAAGAGCAAACUGGUGAAUUAAUAUUAAACGGCCAUGUUGACUUUGAAAAGGUGAGCCAUUUUGAACUUAAUAUUCAGGCAAAAGAUCAAGGAGGACUUCUAAACGCAUGCAAAGUAAUUAUCGCUGUGCUGGAUAUUAAUGAUAAUUCGCCUAGUAUUCAGAUUCUGUCCAGUUCCCACUCCAUACCUGAAGAUUCUAAGUCUGGUACUGUUGUUGCAAUGCUAAAUGUUGAUGAUCUUGAUUCAGGUGUAAAUGGGCAGGUUCAGUGUAUCAUAAAUGAGAAUAUUCCCUUUGCGAUAACAUCUCAGUCUAGCUUCUUCAGCUUGCAAACAGAGCAGGAAUUGGACAGAGAGAGAGAAGCUGAGUACAAUAUCAGUGUAAUAUGUACUGAUGAGGGAGUGCCAGCGCUCUCCAGCAAUGUCUCUCUUCGUUUACAGAUAUCAGAUGUGAAUGACAAUGCUCCUGUAUUUGAGAAAAGUCACUAUGAGGCCUGUGUGCUGGAGAAUAACACACCUGGUCUCUCUAUAGUUACAGUUAUAGCCAGUGAUGUUGAUUGGAAUCAGAAUGCCCGUGUUUCUUAUAUUCUAGAACAAUUAUCAUAUAAUAAUAACUGGCUUUAUUUGCAGUGUCAUAUAAGCCUAGAAACUAAUAUUCGUUGA